ACUAUAUUGCAUGUGCGGGGGUUAGUUAAUUAGGUCAUGAUUUUUUAUUUUCGCAAAAAUAUAUUUUAAACUUACUGUUCUUGCAUGUUUACGGUAUCAGUAUAAUACCAGUUUACGAAUGAGCUACAGGCAAUUUGUGUUUGUGAAAGUUAGAGAAAUUGCAUCUUAUGAGUCCAACGCUUCGCUGUAACCCCCUAAACUGGCAAAUGUCUGCUGUAUUUGACAGGAAAUCUAGAGUGGUGAGAAAAAUAAAUCUCGAAAGUAAAAGGAACUGGUGUUCCGGUUCUGAAAUAUUUCAAAGGCAAAGUGGGGAUUAAUUUCUAACGUUGUGUUGGAAGUGGAAAGUAACUGCACUGAAAAGGUAUGGGUCAGUAGUCGACCAGCCUGCCAAUAACUUGCUGCUGAAAGUUUAUCCAUUCAGCAGGCCUAAAGGACAGCAAAGAAGUACCAGCUAUUAUUGCAAUUUCAUGAACAACUAGAAAGACUACUUCCUUCAAAAUCUUAAAUUCAAUUUAUAUGAAAUGUUUGACUGCCCUAUUUAAUCUAAAAAGAACAUCACAGAUAAAUAAAUUGAAGAGGUUCUGGAUCUAACCCCACGAUUCAUUGAUUUCCUAUUGAUUUCAUGGUGACACUUGCCAGUUUAUGGUGUGUGACUUUGGUGCACAUUCAAUUUUUUAUAUGACCAUUUUUAGAGCAAUGUUUAACAGCACAUAAAGGAAUCUUGCUGAAACCAUAGAAAUGACUGAUAUGCUGCAUCUUCCUGCUGUACAAAUUUCAUCUUCAGCCAAUGGCAGUGUGGCCUGGUCAAGAUCUUCAACACCAACACUUCGUAGAAAACGUUUCAAAAUGAAACGCUGGAAGAAUGUUCAGAGUGAGAAAGAACAAAUGGUGAACAAUAUUUACUGUGGCUCCAUAAUCAAAGAGUAUCUUCAGCUUCCUUCUAUUGAAAUUACUCCAUCCAGUGAUGAGGAUACUCCAUGGUCAAAUUGUUCAACACCAAGUGCUUCUCCACGCCGAAAACGUUUCUUAUUGAAGAAAUGGUUGAAAGUUCGUGAGAAGAGAGACGCAAGUGAAACCAGUAGCCAACCGAGCAGUCAACAAAGCAGCCAUGAUGAUGACUCUUCUCGGUACCUGACUCCAUAUAUUCGAGAGGAAAGCACUGCCAGUAAUUCUGCUCGGAGCACCCCAGCCUGCUCACCCAUCCUGAGGAAGCGAUCAAGAUCCCCGACACCUCAGAGUCUAGAGGGUGAGAACAUGGUGGAAAAGGGGUCGGAUCAUUCCUCAGACAAAUCACCUUCCACCCCGGAACAGGGUAUCCAGCGAAACUAUUCCUCCCAGUCUGGUCGAAGCAGCAAGAACUCCAAGUAUGACCGCCUAAACCUGAUAAAAAAAAGCCAGAGCUGGUACAAUCAUGAAAGACAGCACAUCAUGAGAGUUUUGAGUCCAACAUACAAGCAACGGAACGAGGAUUUCAGAAAACUCUUUAAGCAGCUGCCAGAUACAGAACGACUCAUUGUUGAUUACUCAUGCGCCCUCCAAAGGGACAUCCUCCUUCAGGGGCGGCUCUACCUCUCAGAAAACUGGAUCUGUUUCUACAGCAACAUUUUCAGAUGGGAAACACUGCUCACUGUACGCCUCAAGGAUGUUUGUUCAAUGACAAAAGAGAAAACAGCCCGACUCAUUCCUAAUGCUGUCCAAGUAUGCACUGACACUGAAAAGCACUUUUUUACUUCUUUUGGAGCCCGGGACAGAACCUACAUGAUGAUGUUCAGACUCUGGCAGAAUGCACUGCUUGAUAAGCCUCUUUGUCCCAAAGAGCUGUGGCACUUUGUUCAUCAGUGUUAUGGAAAUGAACUUGGUCUGACUAGUGACGAUGAAGAUUAUGUUCCCCCAGAUGAUGACUUCAACACAAUGGGGUUUUGCGAGGAGAUCCCAGUGGAAGAAGUAGAGGUCCUUGAUAACUCAUCUAAAAGCAGCAUAGAAGUAAAGACGGAUGCCAGUCCUCAGAUGCACAAGAAAUCAGUCACAAACAGCACACUAACCUCUACAGGGAGCAAUGAGGCUCCUUCCUCAUUUGAUGGUAUUACAGCAGAAGAUGAAGUUGAUUUUCAGCUAGAAGGUGAAAUCGCAGCUCUUCAGGUCAUUGGCAAGAAUGAAAUCAAUUUGGCUGUAAACUCUCCAUCUCUGGACUUCAAUGAUAACGAGGACAUUCCAACAGAGUUGAGUGACUCUUCAGAAACACAUGACGAGGUGGGACUAACUACAGCUGAUUUUAAAAAACUGAAGACAGGUGAAGUACAAGCAUUCUAUGAAGACCUCAAUGGCCGACAAUACAUUAAUGAGGUCUUUCAUGUCAAUGUGGACAAACUAUAUGAUUUGCUCUUCACUGACUCUCAGUUUCUACGAGAUUUCUUUGAGCAACGGCGGUUCACUGAUAUGGUUAGUCAUCCCUGGAAGAAGGAACUUAACGGCAAUCAGACUCGAGUGAUGUUAUACACUAUUGCUCUCUCAAAUCCACUUGCGCCAAAAACUGCCACAGUCACAGAGACACAGACAUUGUACAAAGCCAGCCAGGAGAGUGAAUGUUAUGUGAUUGAUGCCGAAGUGAUUACACAUGAUGUUCCAUAUCAUGAUUAUUUCUACACUAUCAACAGAUAUAGCCUUACACGGGUCGCAAAAAACAAAAGCAGGCUGAGGAUAUCCACAGAACUAAAGUAUAGGAAACAGCCUUGGGGGUUGGUGAAAUCGUUUAUUGAGAAGAAUUUCUGGAGUGGUUUAGAUGAAUACUUCAGACAUUUAGAUAUUGAGCUUGCAAAAGUAGAGAAACAAUAUGCUGCUGAACUGCACAGGCAAUCUCCAAAAGAUAAAAGCAACAAAUCAUCCACAAUUCGGCGGAGAAAACGGCCUCACAUGCAUGUGCGAGGUCAACACCUCGACGAAACUGCCAGUCCUGUUACUACACCAACUGACGAAGAGAUGGGCCAGAGGAUUAAACAUGUGGCAGGUUCCACUCAGACAAAACACAUACCUGACGAAAUUUCAGGAGGAAUUCAUCUUUACAGUGUUUCCAAGUUAUUGCUCAUUAUAACCUUUGUGAUCUGUCUAAGCCUGGUGUUACUAGUAUUUCUGAAUAUGAUGCUGUUUUACAAGCUGUGGAUGUUGGAGUAUACGACGCAGAGUCUCACAACUUGGCAUGGAAUUAGGCUCCAGGAGAGCAAACUGCCUCAGUCUCAGGUGGAGUGGGCCCAGCUGUUAGAGUCACAACAGCGUUACCAUGACGCUGAACUACAGAAAUGGAGAGACAUUUUAAAAUCAUCAGUGGUGCUUCUAGAUCAGAUGAGAAACUCAUUACUAACUCUACAAAAAGGCAUUGGUUUGCGUGAUUACAGUUCAGAAACAGACAAGCAUGAUCGAUUUCACUGAUGGGCAUUACCAAGGCCGAAGAGGGAAUUGUGUGCAAUAUAUGUUAUGUACAAAUUAUAUAUAUGUUAUAUAUAUAAAAAGACACUGGAACUGCAGGCUGAGUUGGAUCCCCAGGAUUGCGAAUCAGCAAAUUCACGAUUGACAAAACCAAGAUCCUGCACUGAUUUACAGAACUACUGAAGCAUUGUGGAAAAACAACAAUCACACUAAUCUGCCUACACACUCCUGUUAUAAAUCCUAGAACAUUGUACUGUAAGUGUAACAUCUCACAAAAGCAUGUAAUAAUCUGUAAACUAUCUCUUUUAUGGAAGAUAUGUAACUGAAGUACCAUGUGAACGUUGUUUAAAAUAAGGUAUUCAUCAACAGAUAGGAGUAGGCUGAGGGUCUUGAAACUGUUACCAGUUAAUUCUGCCUGCAGAAACAUCAGAUACAUCUGAUUUAAGAUUAACACAAUUAAUCCAAUAUAUUGAUUCUGGCUCAGUGAAUGGUUAAAGAAACUGUGAAUAUCUAUAUUGAUAAAACUUGAAGAUUUUCUAAGUUACAAGUGAAAAGUUACUGGAAUCCUGAUGCAACUGAUUUAGUUAUUUAUUAUUGUUAAAAACAGUCUAAACAAUCUAUCAUAGGCAGGUCCAAGAAUAUAUCGAGCGACAGCAUGUUUCUGCUCUGUUACCCUCACUGCAGCAUGUUUAAGAGUUGCAGAUUGCUCAUCUGAGCAUGUGUGAAGCCUGCUAAUGAAGCAUUCCAUCUUUUACGAUGAAAUGUUAUCAGUUUGUCAGGGAUGAGUAUCAUGAUCAGCAUUGUUAACAUAUAGAGGCACCUACAGGAGAAGAAGAGACCCCCUGAGAAAUGUGAUGACAUGUUUUGCUGUGCUGCAGGGUAUGCCAUGCCAUCUAAUCAAUUUGAAGUUCAACGUUGUAUGAUGAAAAAUUGAACAUUUAUAGACUAUAAUUGUCCCGGACUGAAAAAAAUCGUGAUUUCAAUUUUCCUGCAGUUUAAAAGGAAAAUAUUGAAAAAUUCGUCUUAAGGAUCACUGUAGAAUUUGAUUCGCAGAUCAGGCAGGAUCUUAUUAGAUGCAAUGCGAUUUUUGAGUGUUAUGGCAUUUGAUGAUAUCUCUUAUUUGAAAAACAGGGAAAUUGUGCUGUGCACAUGCUAAAUGAGUGUAUGACAGAUGCAAUAUUUAGUGACCAAAAUUCAAUGUUGUUGCCUUAUUAGAACAGAAAUCCAGGCAGUUGUAAGUGUAAAAAGAUGCAUGCUUUGUGAGGGUAUAGUGGCAGAAUUGAUGAAACCAAGUGACCGCAGUCAAGUAGUUUAAUCCAGUCAACACUGAACUAGUGCAUGCAGGCGCUUUAACUAUUGGUAGUUUUUUUUUUGCAUUAAUAAUGCAAGAAUAAAAUGGAUUUAAGUGAAUUUCAAAGAUAAAUACAGACUGUUAAAGUACAAUCUUUAGACAUGGGUCUGUGAAAAUUGGUGCUCAUGAGUGAGCUCUUUGGUAUGAACAAAAGAUCAGCUACUAACAUAGUCCAAGAAAAUAAAUAUUUAAAUAGUUUAUUUAUAAGUGUAUUGUGUCAGGACUAAUGUGCGAACUGAUUGAAUUGGAAGUUAUGGUGUAAGGAUUAACAGAUGGAGAAUUACCUCUUCAUUUUGUUCAAAGAUUGAUCAUUCAGCCAUGAUAAUUCUUUUUAAUGAAAAUCCCUGAGCUCUUUUAUUUAAAAUUGGUGGGCCAAAUUGGAAGGAGUGUGGGGAAUUCUGGCGUCUUCAAACAAAAUAGUUUGGAUAGAUUUCAUGCUCCUCGGUAUGAAAUUUGUGGCAACAAACACUAUGUAUUUCACAGGCAGCUGUAUUACUUUCCAGCAUUGUAGAUUGCAUUUGGAAUAUUUACUGGUCAUGUGAAAACUGAUAUGUCAAAGUUGUCCAAUAAUUUCUGAAAUGAAAACUCCACAAUUUAGAUUUAUUAAAAAAGACAUGAACUCCAGUAACUAACCAUUGCAAAUGCACCUUAUGUUAGGAUGUAGCUGUCUGGACAAUUAUUUGAUAAGUGAUACAGCUGCCAAUAUUUACCUUUUCAAUAGUCAGAAAAAGUAAGAUUUGAUAUCAAAUAUGAGGUGCUUUUAAUAUGACUGAUACAACAUUUUAAAAAGAAAAGAUUGCUUUCUAAAAUGAACAAACCUUUCUAUUGGUCAGACAUUUUUGCUGCCAAUCAGAAAUUUAGUAAUAUUUAAUCCAUUAAGAUGAGAUGUGAAUAGCCAGUCAUUUGACUGCAUAUUAAAUUGUGUGGGCAGGUAUGCCCAAGUGCACUAUUUUCACCUAAGAACUGAAUUUUUCAGUGCAAUGGAUUGUGUAGACCAUAAUAGUUUGUCUUAAGGACACAACCAUUGUGCGAACCAUGUCCCUGAUCUGCUUAAACCGAUGGGAGUAUUGAGAAAGGCGGUGUCUAAUUGUUAUAUAGAUUUUGGAUGGCAAAUACUGACAAAUCCACUUCUAACUAAAUUAUGGCAUCAUAUUUUCUUUAAGCAGGUCAUCCUCCUUCAGUGUUGCAUUCACUUUUGUUUUUUUGUUGUUGUACAUUGCUUCUACACUCAACAAAGUAGUAGAAUCAUGAUCCUUUGCAGAAUGCCACUGAUCAGAUUCAGUAGGCUGUGUUUGUGAUGUCAAUCACUCCAUAUAUAGCAUCAUGUUGAUGAGUACAGGCUUUCCUUUUUGUGCUAUAGUAGUAACUUAUUUUUUUUUAAACUCUGGAUUACACUUUUGUUGCCUUUAAUAUUUAAUUUCAUUUUUUCAGUUGAUGUUAUGAGAUUCAAAUAUAGAACAUAGAUUUGCACUGUAGAAGAAAAACAUGGAUAUCGUGAUGCUGUCUAGCUGCUCGUACUCAUUUUAUUUUUAUUCUGUGCUUGGUAUGGUAUAGGAUUGCCAGAAUAUAAUGAAUUGAGUUGAAUAUUUUGUUUUUGAAUUAGCUAAUAAAUAUGGCUAGAUUUGUUCUUAGUUUUUACAUUAUGUGUAACACCAAAUAUCAGUCAAAAGGUCAGUUCUGAGGGUAGGUUUGCAAGCCUAUAGUGAGUGAGAGUAUGUAUGAGUGUGUGCAUGGGAAGGCUAAUUUGCACAACAUAGAAAAUUCAAAUUGCUGUAACAGACUACUGGGUUGAUAACCCAUGAAUCAAUGUUUAGUGGACACUGUUGAGCAGCUCAAAAUGAAAGCAUAUUCUCAUCAAAACUGAGCAAUUAUUGUUUGAAUAUAGAUAAUGAAUCACCUUAGUGAAAUAUCCCUCAACUUUCUAUUCAAGCAAAGAUUUGAAAAUUGACCUAUUUGGACUUGCAUGGUUUUAAAACAUUUUCUAAAGAAUACUGUGGGGGAUGUUUGAUGAGGAUAGUGUUUAUAUUUACAUUCUUAUACAUUGUUUUAUUUCCUUGUUUUAAUCUGGAUAAUGAGUAAUAGUUUGGAUGACCUGGUUGAGGUUUCGUAAUUUCUUUUUUUUCUGUUAACACAAUUUUGCCGUUAUAUAAUUACCAUGAUGUAAUAGAGGUGAUAAAGUGACACCAUGCCUGAAAAUAAGUUGUGACCAAAAGAAUUGAGUUUCAAGCAAAGGUUGAAAUUAUAUGAAUUUUAGUGAAUUUUAUUGAAAUCAUUUAUUUCUAAAUCAUUUUGUAAUCAUAUGGCACUUUUGAAAUAUCAAUGUAUUAAUAUUGCUUGGAACUAAAAUGCAAUUGUAGAAAUAUUGUCCUGAUUGAAAAUGAUACAAGUAACGCAUAUGAAUGUUCAAGACCUACUUGUACAUAUUUAUGUUCUUAUUUGCUUUCUCUAUGUUCCUGGUCAUGCAUAUUAGCUAUCUUUAUUUCAUGAUUUCUAUAUAGUAUGGUUAAACAUGAUUGAACGCAGCACCCAUCAAUCAUUCACAAAUUCAGUGUAUUCUGAAAUCAGAUUACAGUAGGUGUUCCAUGUCUGAUCGCAGAGACAGUUGAGUGGUCAAUGGCAAUUAAUGAUUGAUGUGAGCCUAUAAAAUUUGCUUCUUAGCCCUCCAACAUAAAGGGCAGGAAGUAUGUGUUCAUUGUGAACCAGUAGUGGGUCAUAACCCAUUGGUAAAGACCAAAAAUAAUAUGCAUAUGCAAUUAAAGGGUCUAAUCCCUUGCCGAGGCCUCCACCGCAGUUGAUUUGCCCAAAAGCUACCAGUGCUGGCAUUGGCUAAACUUUGGGGAACUAGUUUUUACAUGCAGUGCAUGGAGGUCAGAAAGGAACCAUGUAUUAGACCACAAAUGAUGAGGGAGGUUUCAAAAUAUAGUUACUAAAUAUGGAACCAGUGAGAAUAAGAUUGCUGCUCCUUAACCUAUGUUUAAAGAUAAGCUAGUUGUUGUUUUCCCACUCCUAAAAUAAUUGCUACUUUCUCCCCGCCCCCCCCCCCCCUCCGAUUAUCAGCACCACUUCCAUCCAUAAAAAUUGCUUUAUUUCCAACCUUUCCUCCCCAUUUCUCAUCUCUACUCUUAUUCUUCCAGUCCAGUCAUUUCAUCAUUUACACAAAGGCUGCUGCUUUUGGUGUGGUGGUAUGAACAGAAAUCUUUCUUCAAGGCCAAAUGUAAGUUAGUGUCACAAAGCUCACCAAUUCCACCCCCCUCCCCAACUCCCACAAGCCCACGUAUGCUCUGUAUUCGGACAUCUGAACUUCUAGACUGUGGAUCUUCGGGUUUGUACCAUUCCUCCACACAUACUAAGCAGUGGCUUUUGUUGCACACCUAUUAAACCUAUAAUUCAGGCAUUGCCUGUACUGUAGUCAUCCUCUUCAUUGAUUAUUACUCAAGGUAAAGGCUGUAUUAUUGCAAUUCCUUUCCCUUGAACUCAAAAUUCAAUAUAGUAUUAUUUCUGAAAAAAAUAAACAGCUCAUAAAAGGUUUUGCAGUCAGUUACUGUACUAAUGUCAAAAUGUAAAAUUCUGUUUACUGCUCUGCUGUGUGGUACAAAAAGUAGAUUCAUAACAAUGGAAUUUGCUGUUAAAUAAUGUUUUUUUGGCCUGUAUAUUUUCAGCAAUCUAUGGAAAGCCUUUUUAUUAAACUGACUAGUUUUACAAGACAUUGAACAAUGAUCAUUUUACUGUAUACAAGAUUUGAAAAUGUGAAUAUGAUAAUAAUAUAAUUUAAGAGAGACAGGAUCUGCCUCAAAGUUUGCAAUCUUUUUUUUGUAUUUAAAUAAUGCAAAGAAUCAAAAGUACAGGCAAUUCUCACAGAGGUUGUGUUCCUAGAAAACAGCCCAUGUUGUUAUUUUCCGUAUUGCAAAGCCAUUUUAACUGUGCAGCAGUUGAAAAUAAAAUUGAGUUGAAUUAUUUACUUUUUUCCCCCACACAAAUUAAUGAGAACAAAUUUUAUUCUGUAUCCCAAAUUUUUGAUUAGUGAUUUGUAAAUUCUAUAUGGGUGAAUUUCUGUAACCCAAAUGGCUGUAACAUGGGGGUCGCCUGUAAUCGUAGUUAUUGCAUUGCGAUAUUUUAAAUGAACACAGCUUGUGGAGGGUUGAACAAAUGAAUGUUUACUUCAACCUAUAGAGGCUGAUACUCAGUAACAUUAUUGUUUUUAAUUCAACAAUAUUAUCAAUUGAAGAAAAUGCAAAAGAUUUUAAUGGGUACAAGAAUGCAAUGGAAAUUGUAGUGUAAAUGCCCUUAUUGUAAAAAUUGAUUUCUCUAUCCCCAUGUUUCAAUUAACUCUCCUGAAUGUACAAGGAAUGAAUUAAUCCCCAGGAGAACAUUUCUCCUGUUUAAUAUGAUCUUCUCAUUGAACAGCGUAAUUGUUAACUGGCUGUUGCUGUACUAUAAUGUAAUUUAGUUCAUCGAAACAUUGCGGCCACUCCAGACAGAUUUUUUUUAAAGUACGAUGCAUGUGAUUCUGAUGCUGCCUAAUGUUAGCUUGCAGGGUAUGCAACCAUCAUCAGAUGAAGUGAGGUAAAAUUGGAUUGUGUGUCUUGACUAUGCCAUGACAUUAGGUAACAAACUAUCUUUAUGUGCAUUGAAGAAAAAGGUACAUUUUUUUAAAGAACUGUUUUGAUCUCUGAAUAUGAAACCUAAUUAUGAACUUUGCGCUGUGCGCAGGUUUUAAUCGCCUUGCCUACUAGAAUUUAGGUUAUCAUGAAAACCCACCUGCAAGUUCAUGUAAAGUAGAAACAAGCUAUGAAUAAAAAGUGUUGAAAAAAA